GACGGCGGCCCGCAGAAGCCACCCCGCCGCGCCAGCCGUGCCGUGCACCACGCCGAGCUUCCCUCUUCCUGCUGCGAUACACUGCGAUAGUCCGGAGGGCCGUCGCCGCACCCCCUGCUCCGCGUGUAGACGGUGAGGUCGCCCCGAACGCCGCCACUCGCUCUAAGACUUUAAGAUGGUGAAGGCGAGCGCGUCCACCGGAGCCAAGAGCAAGGCGGGCGGAACGAACGCGCUGCGGAUCGACAUGAAGAGGAAGCUGCCGCUGCCACCGCCCUUCGUCGUGAGCCGCGGCUACACUCCGGACUACCCCUGGCUGGGCCAGGACCAUCCCGCACCCAAGUCGUCCAGGCCCCGCCUCCUCAUGCAGCAGUCGUGCUCCGGCGCGGCCAAGGCGGCCGUGUGCGUGGUCUCCGCCGUGCUGGGCGUCGCGCUCAUCCUGUACGCCGGCAACGCCAUCAUCCGCGCCAACGCGGAGCGCGCCGCCCUGCACGACGCCCACGCGGCCCACGGCCCAGGUCUCCAUCCGCAGCACGCCGCGCUGGUGCAGGAGGAUCCCGCUGGUCAGGACGUCGUCGGCGCCCUUGUCUCCAGCAAGGACGGCCAGCACUACGGCCCUGACCCCGAAGAGCACCUGGCUGACGACCCCGUCGGCCUGCGGAUGGUGGACCCGGUCCUGCCCGAGAACGACGUCCGCGUCGAGGACGGCUCCGUCGGCCCCGCCGCUGGAGAAGAUGGCUUCGCGCAGCAGGUGUCCGAGGCCAUGGCCCAGGACGGCGAAGCGAGCCCGGGCGCAAUCCAAGCCACCAAGCACCUCCUGCUCUGGAUGAGGAUGGCCAACUUGGUGGGCUUGCAGAGGGAGAUGGAGCAGCGCGUCCAAGUGACGGAGGCGCUGCAGGGCGCCUACGACAAGCUGCAGGCCGCGGAGGCCGCCAUGGCCGACGGCGACGAUGAUUUGGUGGUGUCCGAACUAGGCCCGACUCCGAACGAGCCGACUUCCAGCCUGGAGGUGGACGACGCGCAGACCCAAGUGGAGGACCAGCCGGAGGACGCGCCCCGCGACGAGCACGGGGAUCUGCAGGUGCAGGACACCGUCGACGAGGACGCCCGCCUCCUGAUGCAGUGGAUGGCGCAGGCGCAGCCCACGGAACAGGAGCUGCAGGAGGAGCCCCACCAGGACCAGGACACCGUCGACGAGGACGCCCGCCUGCUGGCCCAGUGGAUGAGGCAGGCGUCGGAGCAGGGCGUCGAACAGGACGCGCAGCAAGACGGCCAGCAGGAGGCUCUUCCCCAGGCUGACCCGCAAGGCGACGAGCAGGGCAACCAGACGAGCGAACAGCAAGACAAAGACAACCAGCAGGUCGACGACAAGGUCGUGCAUCAGAUCCUGCUCUGGCUAACGUCGAGCCCCCAGUCCUGGGACGUGGAGCAAGCCGUCCAGGAAGCGAAGCAGCCUGUCGCCGAGGCCGCCAACAACCCCGUCGUCCUGCCUCCGACCGGCCAAGCUAACGCCUCAGCCAAGCCCUCGGCGCAACCUCAGCCCCAAGAAGACCCUCAGCCAGAAGCGGCGACCACCGUGGUGCCUUGGGACCAGCUCAACGAGGACGACAAGCAGGACGCGCUGCUGCCCACACUGGCGGCCAGAGGGUUGGACCUGCACCAGGGAGAGGCAAACGCCCCUGUCGCCACAGCCGGCCCGGCCGGGCCUAUGCUGGUUGACGGCGCCGACGCCUGGAGUGACAGCAGCAUGGCGACGCAGGUCGAGUCCGACGUUCCAAUGCGCGAGCCUCAGGGUGAGCUGCACGGCGCGCCCGAGGACGAGAAGCAGUUCGAGGCGCAGCAGGCCCAGCACUACCGCCACCUCGUGUCGCAGCGCUUCCCGCUCAUGUACCACGUGCUGCACCUGAGGCGCAGCCAGCAAGACGCCCUGCAGCAGGAGCAGCGCGCCACCGCCUACCUGCGCCUCCUGGACCUGCACCUGCUGCAGCACCAGCAGGAGGCCGAGGCACGCCGCCAGCAGAGACAGCACCAGCAGGACGUGCUUCGCCUGCAGCGGGACGAGGCGCAGUGGGCGCAGCAGGGCCAGCAGGACCAGCAGGGCCAGCAGUCCUAUCUCAUAGGGCAGUACGAGCGACGGCGUCCGGUCCGGCAUCUCCACGGCCGCGUGCACUUCCACCAGCGCCACCAGCACGCGUUCUAGGUCCACGCGCGUGCUCCCAAACGCGUACACUGCAGCUUCGCUGCGAACAAGACUGAAAUCGAAAGAGAUUCGAACCAAACCACCCGCUCAAUUAAAACCUGUUUUAUAUUUUUAAAGAAAUAAACGAGUUACAAAAACA